CGCUGGCGGGAGGAGCUCUCCCACAUGAAGCGACUGAACCCGGGGCUUCCCGGCCGCCCCUACGACCUGGCGGCGACCGUGGCCACGGACCUGGACAGUGGCGCGGGCGCGGCGUGCAGCGGCAGCAACCCAGCGCACCUACCCCGGAGAGAGUCGGAGGAGUUCAACGAUCUCCUGGACCUGGAGUUCAUCCUCUCCAACUCCUUGUCUCAUCAAGAGUCGGUGGCCGCCACCGUGUCCUCGUCGGCGUCUGCCUCGUCCUCGUCCUCGCCGUCGAGCAGCGGUCCGGCCAGCGCGCCCUCCACCUGCAGCUUCAGCUACCCCAUGCGGGCCGGGGGCGACCCGGGCGUGGCCGCGGGCGGCACCGGCGGCGGCCUCCUGUACGGCCGGGAGUCGGCGCCCCCGCCCACGGCGCCCUUCAACCUGGCGGAUAUCAACGACGUGAGCCCCUCGGGCGGCUUCGUGGCCGAGCUCCUGCGGCCCGAGUUGGACCCGGUGUACAUCCCGCCGCAGCAGCCGCCGCCAGGUGGCGGGCUGAUGGGCAAGUUCGUGCUGAAGGCGUCGCUGAGCGCCCCGGGAAGCGAGUAUGGCAGCCCGUCGGUCAUCAGUGUUAGCAAAGGCAGCCCGGACGGCAGCCACCCGGUGGUGGGGGCGCCCUACAACAGCGGGCCGCGCAUGUGCCCCAAGAUCAAGCAAGAGGCGGUGUCCUCCUGCACCGUCGGCCGGCCCCUGGAGGCCCACUUGGGCGCUGGACCGCCGCUCAGCAACGGGCACCGGCCAAGUGCGCACGACUUCUCUCUGGGGCGGCAGCUCCCGGGCAGGACUAACCCGACCCUGGGUCCCGAGGAACUGCUGAGCACCAGGGACUGUCACCCUGCCCUGCCGCUUCCCCCAGGAUUCCAUCCCCAUCCGGGGCCCAACUACCCACCCUUCCUGCCCGACCAAAUGCAGCCGCAGGUCCCACAGAUUCACUACCAAGAGCUCAUGCCACCCGGUUCCUGCCUGCCAGAGGAGCCCAAGCCAAAGAGGGGAAGAAGGUCGUGGCCCCGGAAAAGGACGGCCACCCACACUUGCGAUUACGCUGGCUGCGGCAAAACCUAUACAAAGAGUUCUCAUCUCAAGGCGCACCUGCGAACCCACACAGGUGAGAAACCUUACCACUGUGACUGGGAUGGCUGUGGGUGGAAGUUCGCCCGCUCCGAUGAACUGACCAGGCACUACCGCAAACACACGGGGCACCGGCCGUUCCAGUGCCAGAAGUGCGACCGGGCCUUUUCCAGAUCGGACCACCUGGCCUUACACAUGAAGAGGCACUUUUAAACCCCCGGAGUGGACGCCACCGCACUGCCAGGAGAGAAUUCAGUAUUUUUUUUUUUUAAAAAAAAAAACCUUUUACACUGUCUUCCCACAAGGGGAGGAGUCCAGCUGGCAAGCACUACAAUCAUGGUCAAGUUCCCCACAAGUCAGCUUGUGAGUGGAUAAUCAGGAGAAAGGAGAGCUCCAAAGGACAAAACGAAAUCAGAGUACAGAUGGGGUCUGUGACUGGAUCUUCUAUCAUUCCAAUUCCAAUCUGACUUGAACACGCCUGGACUUACAGAACGCCAUGGGAGAGACUGGAAGCUGUGGAUAUCAGGGUAUAACUUAGAUCCGUGCGAGGGGAGGGCGGGAAGACCAAGAUUUUCUUGAAUUGUGUUUCGAUGCAAUAUAAGUAUAAAGAUCACCUUGUAUUCUCUUUGCCUUCUACAAGCCAUUAGUAUGUUAGAAGAGGAAGACAUUCAGGUACAGAAAAUGUGUGUUAAUAGCCUACACGAUGGUGCUUGGUGAGUCUUGGUUCUAAAGGUACCAAACGAGGAAGCCAAAGUCGUUCUCAAACUGCUGCAUACUUUGACAAGGAAAAUCUAUUUUUGCCUUCCGAUCUACAUUUAUGACCUAAGUCAGGUAAAUACACCUGGUUUACUUCUUUAACAUUUUUAUGCAGACAGUCUGUUAUGCACUGUGGUUUCAGAUGUGCAAUAAUUUGUACAAUGGAUUAUUCCCAAGUAUGCCUUAAACAGGACAAAUGUUUUUUCUAUAUAGUUCCUUGCCUUAAUAAAUAUGUAAUAUAAAUUUAAGCAAACUUCUAUUUUGUAUAUUUGUAAACUACGAAGUAAAGAAAUGAACAUUUUGUGGAGUUUGUAUUUUGCAUACUCAAGGUGAGAAAUAAGUUUUAAAUAAACCUAUAAUAUUUUAUCUGAGUAA